CAUUGAAUCAAUUACAGGUCGCCGUGGCUCGGGCGCAGUCGUGAAGGGGGCUGUGGAUGUGGACAGAGGCUCCGCCAGUGAAGGAGUCGCCUUGUGAGGAGGAUUACUGCCGCUGCAAAGGACUGCGCCCCUUGGAGCCCUUCUACGCUCCACUCCCAUUCAUUUUGGAUAUAUUUAAUCGAAAGGGAUUAGAAAAAAAGAGAGAGGAGGGGGGAUUACCAAAGGGAAAACAGUCACCGUCAUCUGGAUUAAGAUGAGGGCGCGUCUCCUCUUCCGAGUUGUCCUGCUGGGGGUUUUAUCAGUGACCUCGGGGCUCCCGCCGCCCACCAUUGUUUCCAACGACAAUGAGUUCGUCCUGCAGCCUCACUCCAUGUUCAAUAUCAGCUGCACCGGGAAACGAAACGUGGUCUGGACCGAGCCUCUGCCGGAAAACGCCUUCGUUUACCCGGGAUAUUACACCUCAACACUGUUCAUCUACAACGCGUCCGUGGCGCACACCGGGUAUUACAUCUGCAGAUAUGAAGACGCCGAGGAAGAACUCGAGGAGGAAGAUGACAACGAGGCGGGAAUAUACGUGUUUGUUCCGGAUCCUCAGUUUCCCUUUGUACCCGAAGACCUCAGCAACUUGGCCGUCACAAGUUUCCCCGGUGAAAGCAUCAUCCCCUGUCGUGUCUCCAACCCAUGGUCUCAUGUCACCCUUAGGAGUGUCCCCAGCAGAGAGGAGAUCUCUGCUCCCUAUGACAACAAAGUGGGCUUCUUCAGUAGCCUUCUCAGUGGCCAGUAUCUAUGUGAGACCACCAUCGACGGCCAGACAGUCAGCAGCGUCACCUACACCAUAGUACCCGAAGACGUGGAAGACUUCCAUGUGGAGGUUACAGCCAGUGAGGAGUCUGUGAGGGUGGGACAACCUUUCAACAUCACCUGUGUGGCCCCCAGUGCACUGGCCUCUCAGCAGCAAUGGAUCCAUCCUAGAAAACAGGCUGUGGACGCAAUUCAGACCAAACAGACUUUGCCCGGUAGAGUCAUCUACACCCUCAGCAUCCCACAAGCCACCUCCCAGGACAGUGGUAUCUAUGAGUGCUCCGUCACCCACGGCAACACCGGAGACAUCAGAGCCAACAGGGUGGCCAUCACUGUUUUUGAGGAGAAUUCCUUCGUGACACUGGACCACAGUGGGAUUGGUGCAGUGGAGUUUGUCAGUCUGUUGGAGGAGACGGAGUUUACCAUCCUCAUCGAUGCUGACCCUGCCCCCAAGGUGACGUGGCUGAAAGAUGGCACCCUUAUGUCAGAGAACUACUACUUCCUCACCAAAACCAGCCACCUUCAAGGGAAUAGGUACCAAAGCAUUCUGACACUACGGCAGCCUCUAGAGAAAGACAGCGGGAACUACACUAUUGUAGCUGUUACUGGCUCCCGCACUGCCCAGUUCUCCUUUUCCAUCAAAGUUAAAGCCCCAAGCACGGUGCUAUUCCCGCCAGCCUCGGCCCCUCAGCUGUUGCCCCAGACGGAGGAGAUGGUGGUCACCCGCCACACUUCCUUCACCCUGACCUGCCGUGGAGAGGCAGAACUGGCCUGGGAGACACCCGUCUAUGUGCCAGAGCAAACCCAGGAGGACAACAGCGGUCUCUUUGUCACCACCAUCACUGUGGACAAUGCCACUGCUGCACACACUGGUUUCUACAUUUGCUAUUACAAUGGAGGAAACGCCACAGAGGAGGCAGAAGAUUCCAGCAUUUACAUCUAUGUACCAGAUCCGGAUGUUCCCUUUGUUCCCUUGGUGCCCUUCGGCAACCACAUAUUGUCCAACCAUGAGGAGAUGGAGAUCCAGUGUCGCGUGUCAGAUCCCACUGCCAAUGUGACCCUGAUCAACGUUGAGACGCAGCAGCCUGUGCCGAGCAUCUAUGACAACAAGCGGGGUGCUGUGGGGAUGUUCAGUGCUGGGACUUAUGUCUGCAAGGCUGUCAUUAAUGGAGAAGAGCACUACAGUGAGGAAUACAUUGUCCAUGGCUGGACAGGUGGCUCUGAGCUGCAGGUACAUCUUAACGCCCAACGGACUGAUCUGCUGGUGGGAGACACCCUCACAGUUAACUGUGUGGCCCGGGGAUCUAUGAUCCUGGAGGACCACUGGAAAUAUCCUGGGAAACUGGCUGACCGGGGCAUCAAGUCAGUACGUGAGAACAAGAGGGAUCAGGAAAUCCAUUACUCCCUGACAAUCCCUCAGGCUUCAGCCAAAGACAGCGGCAUUUAUGCCUGUUCCAUAACAGACAUUAUCAGUAAUGAGAGCCAAACAAAAGAGCUUGCUGUUACUGUCUAUGAGAGUCCGUUCGUGUCUCUGUGGCCAGAAUUCAACUCUCAGGAAUCAGCAAAUCUCGAUGAGGUUAGAGAGUUCAGAGCUAUCAUUGACUCCUUCCCUAACACCCACGUCACCUGGCUCAAAGAUGGCGUCCUACUCAACGAUGUGGCUGCAGAGAUCACCACCAGCCUUCGGCAACUCAGUGAGACCAGGUACCAGAGUGUUCUGACUCUGAUCCGGGCCAAGGAGGAGGACAGUGGGAAUUACACGAUCCAAGUGGAGAAUGGAAACCAGAGCCGCAGCCAUAGCUUUGGCCUGCAGGUCAAAGUGCCUGCAGUCAUCGUGGAUCUGAUGGACCUCCACCACGGGUCAGCCACGGGCCAGUCUGUGGUGUGCAUUGCUGGAGGGCAGCCCACUCCCGAGGUGGAAUGGUUCAUCUGCAAAAACAUCAAGCUUUGUGCUAAUGACUCCUCUCAGUGGGUACCCCUCCCUGCCAAUUCCACCGAGAUCUCGGUGGACUCACACAUGGAUGAGGACAACCAUCUGGAGAGCGAGGUCAUGUUUGGUCAUCUGGAAAAUACACUGGCAGUACGCUGUAUGGCCAAGAAUGAGAUGGCUGCUGUCACCAGGGAGGUCAAACUGGUGUCCAACCCCCCCACCGAGCUGACUGUAGCUGCCGCUGUCCUGGUACUCCUGGUCAUUGUCAUCAUCUCACUCAUUGUCUUGGUCGUUAUCUGGAAACAGAAACCACGCUACGAGAUCCGCUGGAGAGUGAUCGAGUCUGUGAGCCCCGACGGCCAUGAGUACAUCUAUGUGGACCCCAUGCAGCUGCCCUAUGACUCCAGAUGGGAGUUCCCCCGUGACAGGCUCGCGCUUGGUCGUAUCCUGGGCUCUGGAGCCUUUGGGAAGGUGGUGGAAGGCACUGCCUAUGGACUCAGUCGCUCCCAACCGGUUAUGAAGGUUGCUGUGAAAAUGCUGAAACCCACAGCACGCUCCAGUGAGAAACAGGCCCUGAUGUCAGAACUGAAGAUUAUGACUCAUCUUGGACCUCAUCUCAAUAUUGUCAAUCUUCUGGGAGCAUGCACUAAAUCAGGCCCCAUCUACAUUAUCACUGAGUACUGCUUCCACGGUGACCUGGUCAACUACCUGCACAAGAACAGAGAGAAAUUCAUAAGCCUGAAUGCUGAGAAAAACAAGAAGGACUUGGAUAUCUUUGGCAUCAAUCCUGCAGAUGAGAGCAGCAGAAGCUACGUGAUCUUAUCGUUUGAGAGCAAAGGAGACUACAUGGAUAUGAAGCAGGCAGACAACACCCAGUAUGUGCCCAUGCUGGAGAUGAGCAACAGCUCCAAGUACUCUGACAUCCAGCGGUCCAACUAUGACCACCCACCCUCCCAGAAAGGAUUGAGCGAGAACGAGACGGACAACCUGCUGACAGAUGACAGCAAUGAGGGCCUCAGCACCACUGACCUGCUCAGCUUUACCUACCAGGUGGCCAGAGGCAUGGAGUUCCUGGCUUCCAAGAAUUGUGUGCACCGGGACCUCGCCGCUAGGAAUGUCCUCCUUUCCCAGGGCAAGAUAGUGAAAAUUUGUGAUUUUGGCCUGGCAAGAGACAUCAUGCAUGACAGCAACUAUGUCUCCAAAGGCAGCACCUUUCUGCCUGUGAAAUGGAUGGCACCCGAGAGUAUCUUUGAUAACCUGUACACCACCCUCAGUGACGUCUGGUCAUAUGGCAUACUGCUCUGGGAAAUCUUCUCCUUAGGUGGCACCCCAUACCCAGGCAUGGUCGUGGACUCUAGUUUCUACAACAAGAUCAAAAGUGGAUACAGAAUGGCCAAACCAGAGCAUGCACCAAGUGAUGUGUAUGAGAUGAUGAUGAAAUGUUGGAACAGUGAGCCAGAGAAGAGGCCUUCCUUCAUGGGUCUGAGCGAAACUGUGGCCUCUCUGCUGCCCUCCAGCUACAAGAGGUGUUACGAGAGGGUGAACCACGAGUUCCUGAAAAGCGACCACCCUGCGGUGACUCGGGUGUGUAUGGAGAAUGACGAUGCCUACAUCGGCAUCACCUAUAAAAACCAAGGCAAGCUGAAGGACCGGGAGAGUGGCUUUGAUGAGCAGCGGCUGAGCUCAGACAGUGGGUACAUCAUUCCCCUCCCUGACCUGGACCCCAUCUCUGACGACGAGUACGGAAAGAGGAACAGGCACAGCUCGCAGACAUCUGAGGAAAGUGCCAUUGAAACAGGGUCCAGCAGCUCCACGCUGGCCAAGCGGGAAGGCGAGACGUUGGAGGACAUCACACUUCUGGACGAGAUGUGUCUGGACUCUAGUGACCUGGUAGAGGACAGCUUCCUGUGAUGACCUCCCACACAUGGAGCCUUCUAUGCUUACUCAAGGCACAGGGGUUUAAGGUGAUGGACCUGUAGAUCAACCAAAGACUCUCCACACCUCCAGUCACUAGUCUUCCCUGUAGCCGCCUCAUGUAAACUCCUCUUUGACAGCCCUUUGGGAAGACUGAACAAAACCACUUCAUUGCUUGGAUGAGUCUGUGAUGAGAUUAUGGUACGCCCCUAACGCCGCCCUAGGACACUGCUCCCUGUUGGGCCGGAGGAGUCAAUGAGCAUUGGUGUAAACAGGACAUUGAGGACAUUGAUCCAUGGCCGUGGUCUGUUCGAAACUUCAGCAUGUUGGACGGGACUGAGCGCACAUGAAGAUAAAACAGAAAAAUUGUCUUAUUAAUUUGUACAGUAGAUUAUUCUAUAGGGCAUUCGUUUGACAGCAAUAUAAGCAGGAAUGGAUGGGUUUGACUCGAUCAGAGACUCUAAAUAAUCCCCACCGUAUUUCACUCUGCCAUAUGGAACCACUACAACUACAGUACACUACUAUCUACACUAGAUCAGUCCAAAGCUAGCGACAAGCUCAGUAAGCUGUGGCUGAUCAAUAGACGGUCUCACUUCACAUUCACUUGCUGAUGAGGGAACGAUAAGCACCUGAUGCUGGUACAAUCAGUAGCAAUACUUUGAAUUUGAAAAGCACAAAAUCUGGACGCUGUGUGUUUGUUAUUUGUGACCAUAAUAUGGUGUUAGUGGCUAGAUAAGUGCAGCAGCUCGAAUUUAUUUUUCUACUUGAUCACUAUGUAAACAUGUAUUAUUUGUGAAUAUUGACUAGAGAUCGAUCGUAGGAGUUUGAAUGAAGAGUAUGAAUAUCAGAAUAUGGCAUUUGAGUUGCAUGUAUCUCUGUAACUUCUCCCCUCACUCUAAAUAGACAUGUUCACUAAAUUUGCCCCAAAAGGCCUCCAUCGUAUCCUGUCGUCCUGUAGGCCUCUCAUGAAAGGAAAGUCCCACUGUGAUUGUAAUGUAAAUAUCUCUAAAGGGGUUUUAUCUGAGAGCACCAAGGGGAUCAAGCUCCAGUAUCUCUGCGAUAACACCUGUCAAAAUUUCUGAGCGCUGUUUUUACUCUGUGACGUUGAUCUAUCUAAAGAAAAGCAAACUGUAUUCAGAAAAUGUUGUCUCCACAUUAGGACGAACACGAAGCCUCCGCCGAAGCAGAUCACAUACUGGUUUGUGGAUUAACAAAUCAAAAAAGCACUGCUCUUGUCUACUUGAGCAUAUGCCAUUGACGAUGAUGAAUAUACACUCACAACAGUUAAAAGAUUGAAUCUCAGAGAACGCCGAAACCUAAUGAUGUUUUUUUGUUUUUUUAUCCAACCAAAUUUUAUACCAUGAGGACACAGGGCACGUCCUGUCUAACCAGAUGUUGUGCAGAUCAAGCAACACUGUUUCAACAGAAGGUAUGUGGGGACACUAACUUGCAUUAGGUUAUACCCAUGCCAAGACGAUGCAUAGCAUAGAAAUUCAUGUUGAGCUAAUGUCACAAAUCAGUAUCUGUAGAAUAUAUAUAUAAUACUCCAAGAUCUUCUAGCUACUGUACUAGCUGUGCCACUGCCCUUCAUUUGCUCUGUCUCUACUGUUGACUGUGAUAUAGUCUGCAAUUAUGUUUAAACUGUUGCACUUUUCCCCCCUUUUUCCUUUUUUUUGUAACUUGUACCAUUAUGUCUGGUCCCCUGUCUAUGGCAGUUGGGUGGUGAAUGUUUGCGAGGGCUAGGAAGGAAGGAUGUAUUGUUGAUGGUACACGAUCUGUAAUUAUAGGCAGUUAUGCUAGGCAGCAAUUAUAUGAUGAUAUCAGUUAUGUAUCAGUAUGCAUUGUGUACAUUCAGAUGAUUUAUAUUUCAAUAAAUGAUUUAUAAUUGAA